AUGACUGUUUACAAGGCUUCCAAAGUAUAUGGAGUGCCAAAGUCAACCCUCUUUGAUAGAGUUUCUGGAAGGCAUAAGCCAACAAAUGUUGUUGGUGCAAAAGAUUCUAAACCUCCUGGUAUUACUUCAGAGAGAUCCCCAACGGUUACGAUAAUAGGGGCAGGAAAUGCAUUAGGCACCCAAAUACCCCCAUAUCUUAUAUUUGCAGGUGCUAGAAUGAAUAAUAGUCUUAUUGAAGAUUGUACAAAUGGUAAAUCAGUGGAUCAGGCUGGUCAACACUGA